AUUGUGACUAAAAAUAAAAUCCUGUGUAAGAGAGAGGGUACAGAAACUGAAGUACAGUAGCCACGAGGAAAUCGUUAGCGAACCACGCGUUGUAAAAUAUAUAAUCUAGGCUGUGUUACAGCAUCUCUCCUCAUCCGAUAUUUAGAUUUCAUUUUGCAGAGCUUGUUUUCUUUCUUCCGACACAAGAACCAAAAUAAGCAUGUACAGAAGAAUUAUGGGCUUCUUCGGAGGUGUGACGGCCGAGAGUUCUGAAGAUAGCAAUCAAAAACUGACAGUGGGGAGAAAUGAAGAAGUUGGCGAGCUUGCCGAAACAUUGGACAAGACUGAUUGCGUUUCAGCGAGGGAACAAAAGACAUUACGUGAUCGUAUUAUAAGUCUGGAACAGGAACUGAAGGUUCGUACUGAAGAAUGUGAGAAUUACAAGAACAGACUUGAGCUUGCAGAAAAGAAACUGAGAAUUCUGCAAACAACUGCUGUUCCUCCACCUACAAGCAAGGUUUCUACUGGAGUAGGAGAUGGAGCUGUCGAUGCCAGUAAAGAGAACACUAAUGAAAAUGAAUUAUCUCUAAACACAGGAAUUCCCAACAUGGAAAAGCUGACAGAUGAAAAUAAUGAACUGCGUGUAGCAUUAACGAAAGCUGGUGAACUGCUGAAGGAUAAGACGGACCUCUGUGACAAUCAGGAGAAAAAAAAUAAUGCUUUAACCAGCCAAAUAGAAUCACUGAAGGAAGUAGUGGCCAUCACAAAAGAUCUUCUUAAUAUCCGCAACAUGGAGGUACAACAUCUACAAAAUGAUGUUGAGUUGAUGGAAGGAAAAAUUUCAGACGAGAGGCAGAGGCACAAUUUAAUGAUUACACAAAUGGAUGAAGCAGUGAAACUGAAUUCUGAUUUGAAGGCUGAGUAUGAGAAUCAACUGGGAAUUUUCCAAGAAUUGAAAAUCAAAUAUGAAGAAAAAGUGAAAUUGCUGACAAAGGAGAAUGAGAAACUUGAAGAGGAAGUUUCAUUGUCAAAAACUGUGCAAAAUAACCAAGAAUUAACUACUAAUAAUUCAGUAAUUGAAGAAACAGGUACACAAUAAAUCAUCUCAACCUGUUAUCUAAUACUUUUGACCUAUGAAAUUUUUAAUACAAUACUGGACCCCUCAUCCAGAAACCUUGGGAACUAAGGCUUUUUGGAUUUUCGAAAUUUCUGGAUUUUGAACCUUUAUGCAGGGGAGAUUUUAAUACAGACAAAAUAAAUAUUUUUUUGUUUUGUUUUCAGAUGCUUAUAAGUAUAAUAUAAUUUUAAACUUUCAAAUUACCUCUUAACUGUAAUUACAUCGUGCUUGAAGACUUUGAGAAAAAAAUACGAAUUUUGGGAUGCUGGAUACGGGGUCCGACACUGCACUGCGGAUUUCGUGGAAUGCCUUUCUCAUGCAUAUUUUAAAUGUUAUCAUUAUGAAACAGAUUGCUUUCUUAUUAACUCAUAAGAAUCUUUAAAAUUAUUCUUUAUGCUUCUUACCAAUAUAAAAUCAUGCAUACAAACAAAACUGUUGUAUGCAUGAUUUUAUAUUCCAAUACACUGCAUGGUAUGCAAGGUUUUAAGAUUCUUACCAAUAUCAUUUUCCUAACAACUAUUUAUUUAUUUUUCAUAACAUAUGUCGAGUAUUUCUUCUACAGCUUGCUGUCCAACCAACUGGAAGUAUAAAAUCAUGUGAUUUUAAUACUAACGUCAUAUUAUAAAAGCUACCUUUCAUCGAAAGCAAUUAGUACAUGCACUGAAUAGGUCUUUCAUUCUUAGUAGAAUGGAGUAGUGUAUAUUCUAUAAAGAAAUGGUUUUAUAAACUCUAAAACUAGAAUUAUGGGACAAUAUUGCAAAUGGAUGCCAACACUGGACAGCAAGAUUUUAUAAAUAAUAAAAUAUAUCAUGUCCCAGUAAAAUAUGUAUCUAUGAAUUAAACUAUAGUCACUUGAACUAAUAUAUUAAGCUUAUAAAGUAGACAAACAAUUUAUUGUGGUUAUUAACAAAAAAGAUUUUAUACAAAGUAAGCUACACAAUAUGUAUAUUAUAUAGGAUUUGAGUCUGAAGAUUGUCUUGUGGAUUGUUGCACUGUGUAGUCUGGUAGAAGUUUACCGAUGUUUCCAGACUACACAACACAACCCAGAAGACAGCCACCUAUGUAUAUUAUAACUUGAAGAGGUUCAGUUUGGUUUAAGGUUGAAAUAAGGUAUUUAGAUAUUACAUUAAUAUUACUGCUUACUCACCAAUUACCGCUUAAUAAUUUUUUUGCAAACAUGUCUGGCAAACUCACUUUCCAGGAGUUAUUUCGGUAUCAAUGUCUUGAAACAGCAGGUUAUGAGUAUGGAAGUUCCAUAUUAUUUCAUGAGGCAGAUUCUGUUGUAAAACAAACAAGCAAAGUCAAUAAAACAGUUUGUACAUAAUUUCAGAGCUGCAGAACCUACUUUUUCCUUGUAAAUGAUGGAAUAAAAUUUAUGUAACAUGUUU